AUGAUCUAUAAGGAGCAGGAGGGCACAGGACUGGUGACGGUGCCUGGCUGGAGAACACAGGCUAGCUGGCAACAGCACCUGGUUCAGCAGCACUUUCUUAGCAGUGCAGUGAGGGGCAGCUGGAUCAGCCCUGACCCACACAAGCUCUUCAAGAGGAAGUCUGCCAGGAAAGUUGACAAGGACCAGAGCAUCUCACCAGAACAAGGACUGAGGGACCCCGUGGAAAGAACCAAGAAGCAUCUGGCACUUGGAGGAGUUUCUAGCAACUAUUAUGGUGAUUAUUUCAGGGGACCUGGCAGCACAGACACAGCCUACCACAGUAAUCACACUGGCAUCUCACAUAAAAUGGCCGGAGCUGACACAGUAAAGCAGCUAGACAUGUGCCUGGCUGAAGUCGCUGUCCCCACAGUUGCUCAACAGGCUUCUGUCGAGCCCACAGCCGAGGUCCAUGCUCUUCUCUUCCUAGAUGAGCAGAGGGCCUCAAGGGGCGAAGAAGAAGACAACUGUGAUGGUGACUUGGAUUGGAAAUGCAAAGAGAAUGUUGGAGAGAUGGGCGACAAAGGGACAACAAAAGAAGGAUUCGGUGAUUUGAGAUUCCAGAACUUCUCUCUGCUGAAAAAUAGGUCAUGGCCACGCCUCAGCAGUACCAAAGGCCAGUGUCGAGCGGUUCUCGAACCUCUUCCGGAUCAUAAAAGGAACUUGGCUGCAGUACUGGAUGGAGGAAAAUGCCACAGUGAUGAUGACUAUGAAGAUCCUGAGCUCCAGUUGCUAAAGGCAUGGCCGUCGAUGAAAAUUUUACCUGCCAGACCUAUACAGGAAUCAGAAUAUGCAGAUACACGCUACUUCAAAGAUAUGAUGGAGGCUCCCCUUCUGUUACCUCCCAAGGCUUCUGGUCCCAUUGGGAAGCAAAUCUGGAAUAUAGGGAUGAAGCGACAGGAAGAAGUCUUUUACAGGGACAAGCCCAUCUCCAAGGAUGCCAGAAGCCAACGCUUUAAAGGAUUCAAAUACACAGAGGUGAACAAGAUUCCUGUGCCACCUCCACGGCCCGCCAUCACCCUCCCCAAGAAGUAUCAACCCUUACCUCCUGCACCACCAGAGAUCAGUGCACACUUUCUUCCAAGACAUAUCAUUCCAGAAGUCCAGAGGGGGCUCAGGCAGACCAGCUCAAAAGACUUUGGUAAGGUCCUUGGAGCAGAAGAAGGAUCAUAUCACCAGACAAAGCCAGGACCUUCUCACCCAUCACAAAACCAAAAUACUCAGAAGAGUCCACCUGACAUCGCCAGCUCUUCCUACAUGCCAGCAAAGCACACUGUACACGUCAGAGACCAUACAGGCACCAUGCAACGCUGUCCUCAGAGAUGCCAAGCUGCAGCCAGCCACAGCCCUCAUGAUCGUGUGCUGCCCUAUGAAAACACAAAUACCAAGAAACCUGUCCCCACCAAGCCUGAUGAAAAGGAUGUCCGGCAGAAUGAAUGGUACAUUGGAGAAUACAGUCGCCAGGCAGUAGAAGAGGUGCUGAGAAGAGAGAACAAGGAUGGUACCUUUUUGGUCCGAGAUUGUUCCACAAAAUCCAAGGCAGAACCCUAUGUUUUGAUGGUGUUUUAUGGAAACAAAGUCUACAAUGUGAAAAUUCGUUUCCUAGAGAGCAAUCAGCAGUAUGCUCUGGGGACAGGACUCAGAGGAAAUGAGAUGUUUGAUUCUGUGGAAGACAUCAUCGAACACUACAAGUAUUUCCCCAUUAUACUAAUAGAUGGGAAAGACAAGGCUGGUGUGCACAGGGAACAAUGCUACCUCACCCAGCCACUGUCUUUCAGCAGGCGCUUCCUGACUCAGGACUCUAGCCAGGCACUUCAUGAGUAAGCAGCCCAGCCAGUUAUUUCCACAUUAGCAUCCUGGACCUUAUC